AUGGCAUUAAUAACUAUCUCAUGGAGAGCUACUUCUUGUUUACUUCGUCGUUCUUGUUCCCUUGCUUCGGCACGGUGCGUGAGUGGUCCGUCUUCAGCAGCAGAAGACACACACAAAGGAAAAGUUCCUGUCAGUGAAAAUAGAUUGUUGGACAGGCUUGGGCACUCAGUUGGCAUGGAUCGGGCAGAACUGUUGGCAAGGGAAGCAGGCGAUGAUGAUCCUUUUGAAAUGAAAGUCAUAAAAAGAUCCAAGGGAUCAUUUGAGGAUCCUACUAUUAUUACAUCCCCAAACAAAGAAAGGAUGAUUGGUUGUAUUUGUGAAGAAGAUUCCCUUACAAUUAACUGGAUGUAUUUGAACAAAGACGAGCCCAAGCGCUGUGAAUGUGGUUAUUGGUUUAAACUUGUAGACGCUUCAGAACAGUACUAG